UAUUCAAUGAGAAAUAUGGAAAAUAAUGAUGCUCCAGAUAAAAUUACUAUCAAAGUAAAGGUUGCUGGUGAAGAUUAUCAUGAUCUUUUGUUAGAUUGGUCAGACAGGGAAGAUAUAGGUCGACAAGUAUUUCGCCAACUUGCAUCUAUAAUAGGAAUACCAAUUUAUAAAAUGAACAGGCUUGUGAUCAAAUGCUAUCCUGAUUCUGAUCGUGUGGAGUUUUUUUUCAAUAGAAGAAAUACUCCAAAUAGAUAUUAUGACUUUAAUCAUCUGAAAAUUUUAAAUGAUGGUGAUUGCUAUGCACUUGAAAUGUCUUUCGAGAAUCAUGAGCCUCCAUUCCACGUAAAUUUUUUUUUGCACAGUCGUUCAAAUUUCGAUGACAAUCAAUGUACAGCUCAGUAUUGUCAGCAUAUCAAUGGCCGAGAUUUUUUGAAUCGACGGGCAGAAAUCAUUAAAUAUGGUGAACCAAAAUUUGGAGAGUUUUGGGAUGGAGAUGCAAGAAGUACGAUAAGGUCUAUGGGCAUUCAGCCGUACAUGGAGCCAAGGUGCUCAUCUCGAGUCUAUGAGAGGUUCUUUCAUCCUUACUAUCCACGAACUCACGGCUAAUCAUUGCAUUCAAUUUUAUUCACUUAAUUAUACUCACGAUAAAUAUAAAUAAUUUUACUUAACAAAGAAAGCUCAUUUUAAAAUGAUUUCACUAAUUCGUCCUUUUUAUUAUUCGUCCGUAAAAAUUGUUGGUAACAUCACUGACCGAACAUUUUUUUCAAUUUUCAACAAUUCUCUUAUUCUGGACAUUGAUCUAAAAACUCUGAGCCUCAGUAUUUCGGUAACGGUAUCAUCAAUCAUGUUCAAAUAUUAGAUUUCACUAUGGGCUAUAAUAU